ACCAGAGCAGCAGCUCCUGCGGCAGCUCCCAAAAAUAGUAUAGAGAAUCCAGGAAGCCUCGGAGCAGAAACAUGGCUGAAGAAGUUUUACCAGUAACUCGACAAGUAACUAAAGGAAACGUGGAAACAUGGAGCCCGUGUGUCGAUGUCCGUCUGGAAGAAGUGGAGGAUUGUUUAGUUUACGACCGACACGGAGUCUCUGCUCCUUUCAAGAAGUUAUACCAGGACAGGAGGGCGGUCAUAAUAUUCCUGCGGAAUUUCCUGUGCUACAGCUGUAAAGAUUACGUGGACGAUUUGAGCAAAAUACCAAGAAAAGCACUGGAGGAUGCUGACAUUAGACUGAUUGUGAUUGGUCAGUCUGCUCAUCACCACAUAGAGCCGUUCUGCUCGUUGACAGGCUAUCCUUAUGAAAUAUAUGUGGACCCACAGAGGUGCAUUUAUCAAAAGCUUGGGAUGAAGAGAGAGCAGACAUUUACAAACUCUGCAACUCCAAGUCCCCAUGUGAAGUCUGGUGUUUUUCUGGGCCAGAUGAAGAGUAUAUGGAGAGCCAUGACCAGCCCUCUAUUUGACUUUCAGGGUGACCUACAUCAGCAAGGUGGAGCCAUCAUUGCAGGACCAGGCUCUCAAGUCCAUUUUUCCCAUUUUGACAUGAACCACCUGGACCACAUGCCCAUCACCUGGCUGCUGCAGCUGGCCGGAGUUCAACAGACUCCGGACUUCAGCGAUAAGCCAAAGAUCCUCCAUGUGUAGUCAGGUGGCCGCCCGAGUGGGUGCUGUGCCACCACAUCACUGUUCUUAUCACACAGGAGGACACAUGCUGCUUGUUUAGUUACAUCAUCUUUACACACUGACAUAUUGAACUAGAAGAGCUUGGGCAGCAUCAUUCUCAGUAGGUAUAGUAGGUUCCUCACCAGGUAUUUGUGUCCGAGUGAUUCUGAGUACAGUGUUUAUCAUUCCUCUGCGAGGUCAUGAAGUCACAAUCUUGAAUAGGUCUGUUUAUUUAAUUUAUUUCUUCAACCAGGGAAUUGAGAUACAUUAUCUUUUUAUUUAAGAGAGACUUGGAAAAAUGGAAAUUUUACAAAGUGACAUAAAAACACACACCACACAACCACACCGAAUAAGAGAAGAAGAUCUGAAAGACAUGACGGUGUAUGUUGUGUUAAAGGACAGGGCAAUAAAACAAUAUUAAUAAUAAUAUCAAUAUAAGUUUCAUCAAUAGCCAAAUAACAAAAGUCCAAUAUACAUAUAUUAUAUUGCUUAUGCAUUGUGGAAGCACAGCUCAUAAAGAAAAGUUUAAAACCACAACCAUCACUCAGGAGUAAAAACAAGUCUUAACUUUAAUAGUAGUUCUAGAGAAAAUAAAAAUAGCUCAAGGUCUCCUUACUGGAUUUCCAGUCACAUCUUUUGGGCUGAUGAAAUGAGAAGUGUUAGAAAGUGAAGUGAGGAAACUCCUUUUGCUACUGAAAACUAUUGGAUGGGAUUAAAAAGCUUGUAAUUGAUCCUUGGGGUGAUUUUGUUUUUUGGUCUUUCUUGCUUAAAUAACACGGGUGAGUUUAUAAGAGGGGUACACGUGCACGACGCAGUGCGAUGUUUCAUGUUUUGUAAUACUGUUGGCACACUGGUGACCUAGAUAUUAGGCCUUGUCGCAUCCCUUUCUUUUUGUCUUCAUUUGCUCGGUAUUUAUUACACUGUAAAUAAAGUUGAACUGCCACAUCCAA